GGGCCACGGUUGUCAGGGCAACCCAGGUUCCAGGAGCCGGAUCGUGGCCCUCCGAUUCCCUUAACCGUCAAUUCUUACUGAAACUUUUCAGCUGAAACAUUUCAAAAUGAUAUUCUUUUCAAAUGUAUGUCCGACUGGGAUAAUCUUUGGUAUCGGAAAUGAACAUAAAAUACAGCAAUAUUAGUUAUUACAAAAAUGUGUAAAUUAUCCACACAAUACAUAAUAUCCUAAAACUUUCGUAUUUUUGAAAAUCGUUUCGUAAAUUCGUAAAUAGAAAGCAUAUUUCAUCAACGACCGCUUCAUUCAUGUUUUUCGAACUGUCAAAAUGGUUACAACGAACUGACCUGGACAGUAAUUGACCUUGAAGGUAAACAAUCAACAAAUAACAAACAUGAACCUAAAUGUUUGGAAUUUAUAACUUCGUUUUAUUAACAGUGUUAUCAGUGAAACUUUCACAAAAUUUGAAUUGCAUUGAAUGCAUUGAAGUUCUACAGAAGACCGGCCUCUUCUCACAUUUGUCUACAGGCACUUGAGUGGAAAAAAACAUGGAAGGAUAUCCGUACAUACAAAAAGUAUCUAGCCCCUAUGCGGCUUUUCCAGAGAGCACAUCAAAUCCCGACAAAUCAACGAGUAUGAAUGGUGGCUUUGAACAACCUGUUUAUGAACAAUUGAUGCCAUCAACAUUGGUUGCCGUUAACCCGUACUGCUAUGAUGCUGGUAUAAAUGCUGUGUGUAACAACGUUGAAUCAAGCAUUAUGGUGCAAGAAACUACGCCCUCAUCCGGAACGUUUAAUAUGGAUGCAUAUACUUCUUCUGUGGUUGAUAAGAAUUGUUCGCUAGGUUCGAAAAGAUUGCCACCAGAACAAACACCUGUAUAUGUGCCAGCUGUCCCGAACGGUCAACAGCCGGGUGAUUUAAACAAAGUUAGUGUCAAGCAUCCGUUUCCCGAUGUCGAGUCAUCGGUUUGUAAUGGAACAUCUGAAGAUCAUCUUAAAGAUAAUCCUAUAUCGGUUGAGUCCUGUUCAACAACACUAUCAAAACAAACAGCAGAGUGCACCUUAAAAUGUGACGAUCAAGAUUCUGUCGCAACGAAUAAAAACAUCACGAUAUUAACGAACGAAGUCGACGUAAAUGAUCCUUCUAAACCUAUGGAAAGCAUAGAACCGAUCGCAAGCGAAACUGGAACCAAUGGUCGACAAGAUGCUAGUGCCAUAUCGAACGCCACAUCUGUAAAAAAAGACGAACUUCAGAACGCAUCGAACCAUUCUAAACCAGAUAUUCCUAAUCAUAUACAGACUACUGAUACUAUAGUUGAGGAAAAGCUUGUUGAAUCUAAUCCGGAUGAAGAUGAAAACAGCAGCGACUCUGUAAAAUCUGACUCCUGCACAGAAGCACAGCAUUCCGAGAAUGUAUCUUCACUAUUUAAAAACGUAGUGCUGGUACAAGCAGAUACAACCGCGGCAGAGGAAAACGAUUCAAUGGGACAUGGAACAUCUGCGUCCGAAGAGCAUGCUUUAAACGAAACGGAAACGGUAGAUCCAAUCGUUACAAGCUCUGUGGAAGACAUUGGACGGGAAGAUGAACCGAUGGAAAACGAAAUGUUACAUCCUGCUGGUUUACUAAUAGAUGAAACGGGAGAUGUUCAAAAUUUCGAUACAAUGGAAGGUGUAGCCGUAGGCCAGAUGGGACAGAUCGUUGCACUGGAUGCACCUAUAAUCGAUCCGAACGAUGCGAUGGAUGAACCGGAUAAUGAGAAUGGAAUGCUAAAUGAAGAACGUAAUAGCAAUGGUAAUUGCAGUGGUACGGUGUUACCAGGGAAAGCAAAAUUUUCGAAAGUUUCUAUGAAAAAGUCUAAACAGAUGGACACCGUUUCAGUUUCGUCCGAUGAGGAAACCUCAGAGGGUUGUACAAUGGAAACGAAAUCACAAAAGUGCCAACCGCGUAAACGAGGUGCAAUCCGUGUCGUAAAUGUGGAAAAAGAACUGCUAAAUUGUAAGAAAAAGCGAUCAAAAGUGUCCAAAGGAGGUGGAGCUAAUGAUGACCCUUUCGGUUCGUGUGCUAGUUCGUCUAGCGAAGACGUCCCAAACGAUAUGUACUUCGGUGCACCGGAUCGUGUAUUUACUGUGAGCACUAAGCUGCACUGGCAGCGGCAGAAACAGAAGCGCAGUAAAUACUACGCACGGGAGAAAGUAGCCGAUCGGGACGACGAUGCACCAAACGCUAGCGAUGAGGAGGAACCCACCCAACGAAGGGCAAAAAAGGCAGAAGAAAUUGCACGUCUAAAGUUGCCUGCAUAUCAGCAGCAGCAAUUGCAACAAUUGGUGCUAAAGAAGCAUCCCAAGCGCGAUCGAUUUUAUGAUCGCUCGCAGGAUAUUCCGAACGAUAUUUACUUUGGAAACGUUAAAGUUCCAUUACACAUUCUUCAUGCUACGAGCAGUAGCUCUUCGGAGGAAGAAUCAUGGCCUGUUGGAAACGUAAAAUCAGCGACGAGUUCUACCUAUCGGAGGGAAAACACAGCGUAUACUAAAUCGUCAAACAAUCGCUAUGCUAGAAGUUCAUCGUCGAGAGGCCCUGAAUCAACGCAGGGAAGCGUACGUUCCGUUCACAGGAUGAAGGAAUAUCUCAAGAUGGCAGGCUUUCGACACAUGCGCUAUCAAAAGCUGUGGCAAGGCUGUGAAACGAAUCACGACCGUGCCGAAGCGAUAUUACGUUUUCUUCAGGCGCACGGUUUACAGGGUGAACCGACGGACGAAAAGUGUCGCGAGCUGCGCAAGCAAAUUCAACUACAAAAAGAGGUGGAAGUGUUAGAUACGAGCGCUAUCAUUGGCAGUGGUGAAGGACGUGUUACGAGGCAACGAGCGAAGAAAGUUUCCGAAACGGUAGCUGUUGAACCCAGUGUAAACCAUUUGGCGGAACAGUGUCUUAAGCAGGAUGAACAGACGAUGGUGUCUGCUGCUGCUGUCGAACCGACGAAGCUAGAAACAGAAAGUGUACAAGAACAGCAGCAGAAGCAACAGGACGAAAAUGUCCCACUAGAAAACCGUGUAGAACACGGCAGUUCAACGGCAGUUGAAUGUGCUAACAUUUCAAAUUCACCUCCAAACGAAUGAUUUUUUUAAUUACUCUACAAUUAUGUAUAUUGCGGAGAGCAGAGUUUAAUUAUGUCUUUCACUCCUUUUCGCUGCAUAGUUGACGUUGCGUCGGGCAAAGCCUAAUUUUGUAUGAUAAUGUGUGCAAUUUUCAUUUAUUUUUACGCUUUAUAAAGAACAAUCAAAAUUAAACGAUAGAACUAAGCAUAGCUGCAAUACUGGCACACCCAUGUGAACGCUUUUCGAUGCGCCAUACCUUAUAUAUAUUAACAUUUUAACAUUUUUUAAAAAAUUAUCACGAUUACGAUAGUCAUGAGACAUGCGUUUAUUGCGUGUAGCGUAUAUGUUAGCAAAAAAGGUAAAUGAAUGUGCAUCAUUUUAUUCAAAAUAUUUUGUAAGAAAAUAAAAAAUAAAAAAAUGAUAUUGUAUAACAGCAGCCGUAGCUUCGUGUUGAACAUUUAUGCGUUAUUUAAAAU